GAUAGCACUGAUCAUUAAUGAUUCACAUGAAAUUAUUUCUCCUGCAAAUUUCGACGAGUGAUCGAAGCUCCCCUUUAUAAUGAAGCAGGUGCGAUUGUUUGACAGUUGCUGGUGAGAUUUGGAAGAACGAACUCAAUCAACUAAAGAUGCGAGGUUUCGCAUCGCUACUUUGGAGCUUUGCCGUCCUUUAUGUGGCGAAUGGGGUUCCAUUAGAAACCACACCUGAGCCUAUGGUCACCACUGAAACGGAGGAAACAACGGAGGCCGUUACAGAUUAUGACUACGAUGACGACCUGAGCUUUCCGGCAACGAUUCAGUGGCCAAACUUUGACAAUGUACCAGCGAAGCCUUAUAGGGGACUAUACUUAGAUAAUUCUGUAGAAAACGUGGAAAUGUGGCUGAAAGACACCUAUCUCUUUUCAAAAAACACUCCAAUUUACUCGCUGCUAUCGGGAAAUUCCGGCCCAAUUCUAACUAAAUAUUCUACUGUGGGAGAAGUAAUAGAAGGAUCCCUAUUAUUGCCAAAGGCAAUGGCACUGUCGCCUCGUCGAAGAAAUGAUACGACCCAGGCUCAAAGUGAAACAACAACAGCUUCGGAGACUACACCGAUCCCUGAACGUGAUGCUGACGAAAAGCCAGCUGUACCGGUCGGCGAACAUCAUUGUCCGUGGCUAGGGGGAUCGGUAAUAGACGACACAUACUCACGGCCCGAGAAAAAGCUCCAUGCACUAGGCAGAAUCGUUGGUAAUUGCUCUAUAAAUCACAGGAGAUGCGUCGACUACUGCGGGGAUCUCUCAAUGAUCCCUGAGAAUGAAGCCGGAGUAUGUGGCACCUGUCGACGAAUGGCGAAAGAUAUUUUCUCCAAAUGUCCCUUACGCCCUGAAACUCUAUAUCCUCGAGUACUGGUUGUUGUUGAUGAUACUUAUGACGUGGCAUUCAACAAAAAUGAUACCGAGAUAAUCACUUAUAUGCUGGGAUUUUGGAACAACGUCGACUUACCAUUCAGAUUGUUCAAGAAUCCCCAGAUCAGACUGAAUGUCGUUGGUAUAGUGCUAGCUAAGGAUGGCAACGCACUGGAGUACAUGCAAAGUCCCCCUGGCCAACCACUGUCUGACGCUAAUUCAUUAGUGUUGGCUUCAGAAUACUGGUAUGCGCGGAAUGACGAUAUUUCAUAUGAUAGCUACGAUUUAUUAGUGACACUGACAAAAAAACAGAUAUGUGGAUAUGCGUGGAAUGAGACUACAGAUACAGCAUAUUGUCCUUUGGAUGCGUAUGCUGGGGGGGUGGGAGUAUAUGUCGGUGCAUGCACCAUUUGCGAAAAAACCGUUCAACAAGUCGCUCUCGUUUCGGACGAUACCUUAUUUCAUUCCAUCACAGCCACUGCACAUGAAAUCGGUCACUUAUUUGGUAUGCGACAUGAUGAUUUUGAUGGCUAUGUAAUGGGGCCCAGUUCAUUUGUAACGAACAAUGUAAUCUGGUCUAAUAUUAGUGUGGCAAGUUUCCGGGGAUUUUUGAAGUUGAGGCCAUUUUGCUUGACCGAAAAACCGAAAGAAAGAGACUUCUUGCCGGUAUAUCUUGCGGGGAAAAUACCAACACAUGAAUCACCUGACAAGUGCGAGGAAUACGAGGAAUGUAACAGAAACAAUCCAAAUUGCCGAGUAUAUUGUGAUAUCCCAGAGGUGAAGGCGUGCACGUGGGGUCGCUACAAUCACUCUAUCGAUGGUUCGUACUGUGACAUUGGAAAAAUGUGCGUGAAUGGGCAUUGUGUUGUCGAUUCGACAGAGGUACCAUGGACGUGAAUCAAAAAACUUGGUUGAUUCUGAUGUUAUGUUAACUUUUUUCAUGAGAUCCCCUUUGGGAACAUUUUAUUGUUCAACACUACAUUAAAUGGAAAAAACUCCUCCACGAAAAACUAAAAUGAAGCACAUAUUACUGCA